CUACACCGUUGAGUGAUGGCAUUGUGCGAACAUCAGAUUCAUGAUGAGUCUAUUGCACCUUCAUUUCGCCAUCAGGUCACCUAUUGGAUCAACACCCCACCGGAACAAUUAAUAUCAUCUCUCCGCUUGAUUAGGCUAAUCAAGUGUCACGUUAUCAGUUAACUCUUGUCAUGAUGUCCUCAAAUACUUCAUCUGCUCACGUCUAACAGACAGAUUUGGUCUAAAAGGACACCCCGGCUUGUCGACUCAAACUCCGCCUACUUGCACCAGAGAAGAACUCUAUUAACCAUAGGAUGGACGCUAAGACAUCUCCGAAAGCCUUCACCUUCCUCCCACUAGGGGCCAUCAUCAAGGAAUUCAAAGUCAAUGGCAGAAACAUCGUCCAAGGCUUCCCUCAUGAAGAGCUAUACAAGCAGUACAACGCACCUUUCUUCGGUGAGACUAUUGGCCGAAUUGCGAACCGGGUAUCAGGAGCCAGAAUUAAUGAGUUGAAUGGAACUUCCUACCAAUUACCAGUCAAUGAUGGACCAAACUCCCUUCAUGGCGGAGAUAUGGGUUGGGGAAAGAGAGAGUUUGAAGGACCGUCUAGCGUACAGAAGGACGGAAAGGAUGCCGUAUUCUUCAGAUACCUCAGUGCAGACGGAGAAGAGGGUUAUCCUGGGACAGUCGAAGUGAGGGUCUGGUACAUCCAAGAAAAGGAGCAAGAAAAUGGAGUCGAGAAGGAGGUGUUGCACAUCGAAUUUGAGGCUGAACUGGUUGGGGAUGAGAUCGCUGAGACUGCGGUCAAUAUGACCAAUCAUAGCUACUUCAUCCUUAGCGAUGGGCCAACAAUCUCCGGGACGCAGGUCACUCUGAUAACAAACAUAUAUCAGGUUGUAGAUUCCGGCGGCAUCCCUACAGGACAUAUUGAGGAAUACCCUGGUGUGAAAUCGAAUGAAUCUUUCAUACUGGGUGAGACGGAACCAGAUAUCGAUGACUGCUUCAUCGUGAAUACCGACCCAAAUACAGUUCCGAUUGAUACACGUCCAUUGCCACUCCAGAAAGUUGCAUCAUUCUAUCACCCAGAGACGAAGAUUCAUCUAGAAAUAUCAACCACUGAGCCAGCAUUCCAAUUCUACACGGGCAAAUACAUCGAAGUACCAGCUGUCGGAAAUAUUCCGCCUCGGGGGCCCCGCUCGGGAUUUUGCAUUGAGCCAAGUCGUUACGUCAAUGCCAUCAAUAUUCCUGAAUACAGAGGGAUGAUGCUUCUCAAGAGGGGAGAGAAAUACGGAAGCAAGAUUGUCUACCGCGGCUGGGAAGCAUAG